AUAUAUACAUAUAUAUGCAUUGAUUAAUAUGUAAUAAUUUAUUUAAGAUUUUAAUGGACCGACUUGAAACGGACAUUUUGAAGAAGAGUUUCCUCUGCUGCCAGUUUGCCCAUAGUUGUCGACUUCAUACAGAGCUAGCCACAUGAUAACAGACAGUGAUGGCGUCUAAUAGUGGCGUGGGGUGGAGAGGAGAAAUUUGGGCUCAUCUUCGCGGGCGGAAUAAGCGACAAGCUCAAAAUUUUUCCAGUCUUAUUCAAUCUCACAAUAAGUUAUUUGAAUCUAGCACCACGUUGGUUAUUAAAAAUGAACAACUCAAAGUAGAAGCUGCUAAAUUGAAGGAAGAAAAUAUCAGUUUACAUAUAAGAGGAGAUGCUAGUGGUGACAAAAAUCAAAUUUCUGAUCAAAAACUGUUUAAAAAGCAGGAAGAGCUUACAGAAUCCCAUCGACAAAUUGCUGAGCAUGCACUUCAAAUUGUCAAUCUCAACAAUGCACUACAAGAAAAAGAAAAACAACUGCAGAGCGUGCAAGCAAAGAUUUUAGAGGUUGAAGCUAUGAAUGGAGGUCUCCGAUCAGCAAAUAAAAAUUUAGAACAAACUAUUUUAGAACUUGAAGCAACCAACCAAAUGCUGAAAGAUGAGCAUCAAGCUUUACAAUUAGCUUUUACUGCUCUUGAGGAGAAGUACCGUAAGUGCCAAGAAGAUAAUCGUGACCUUGUUGAACGGUGGAUGCAGCAGAAAUCAAAGGAUGCUGACAAACUCAAUGAAGAGAAUGACAAAAUAUUGAGGAAGAGACAGGCCAAAAUUAAAGAAGAUCUCGCUGAGGCAGCCAAAGAACCUGUGCAAAUAAUCCCAGAAAAUGAUUCUCCAUUAAUACCAGUCUGUGGUCAAGCUAACUUACCAGCAAUAUCAAUUCCAACAAGAAUUCUAACUAAACUGCACUAUGGUUAUCUUCCAUCAUCUUACAAUUAUCCACGACCAAGUCAGAGAUAUGAAUCAAUAAACAUGUAUUUUGAUGAAAACUACUUUCAUUUUGAUGCCCAUGAAAGUGAAGUCUUUGCUGUUAAGUGGAAUAAUACCGGUACCCAAUUUGCUACUGGUGGUUCUGAUAGAAAAAUAAAAUUAUGGGAAGUUAUAAAUGGAAAAUGUGAAAACAAGGGUAUUUUACAAGGAAGUAAUGCUGGAAUAACUUGUAUUGAAUUUGAUAUUGAGGAAAGACUUGUGUUAGGUGCUUCAAAUGACUUCGCCAGCCGAGUCUGGUCUCUGGCCGACCACCGAUUACGACAUACUUUGACUGGCCACAGUGGCAAGGUUCUGGCAGCCAAGUUCUUUGGAGAUACAGUGAAAGUGGUAUCAGGUAGCAACGACAGAACACUCAAGAUAUGGGAUCUUGUUAGUCGAGCAUGUAUCCGAACUAUUUUUGCUGGAUCGAGCUGCAAUGAUUUGGUCACACAUCAAGGAACUUCCAUCAUAAGUGGUCAUUUUGAUAAGAAAGUUCGUUUUUGGGACAAUCGAACGUCUGGAGAUGGAGUUGUGAAAGAAGUGUCCUUAGGUGGUCGGGUAACUUCUUUAGAUCUUUCAAUAGAUGGAAAUCAAAUUUUAUGUUGUACAAGGGAUGAUUCUUUAAAGAUUUUAGACUUAAGAACAUGUAGUGUUUUAGCAACAUUAAAUGCUGAUGAAUUCAAAGUAAGCUGUGACUGGAGUAGAGCUGUUUUUAGCCCUGAUAGCGGUUAUGCUGUGGCUGGCUCACAGGAAGGUUCUCUCUAUGUAUGGGAUACACAGAAACACACAUUAGAUAAAGUUCUUAAAGGCCAUGAUAAUGCUGUAAUUGCCUGUUCUUGGAACCCAACUGGUUCGAGUAUUGUUAGUUGUGAGAAACAUCGUAAAGUGAUUUUAUGGUCCGAUUUUUAAAUUUUAAAAACAAAGCAGAAAAUUGACUGAAAAAAAUGGAAAAAAUGUGCCAGCUUAUAAAGCUGCAAUAUUUAUAAAUCAUAUUUUCAUGUCAGCUCUUAAACAGCAAUAUGAUUUACAAUUCAUAAAUGUACAAAUCUGUCAGAUGGCUAAACUUCAAAAUUGCCCAGAUAAAGAUCACAAUGAUAACAUCAAUGAUGUUAUAAAAGAAAUUAUUUAAAUUAUUUAAUUAAUACCAUUUCUAAUGAUCUCUACACAGAGUGUACUUAUAAAUGGUACAUUUUUUAAAAAUUGCUUUAUCAGUUUCAGCAAAAAAGAAGUUUCUUGACAGAUGGCAGGUUUACUAAUAUUUGCUGCUUCAUUGUAAACUUAUCAAAUUGUUCCUGACUUUUCAAACAGUUUUAUCAGCCAAAUUUAUUGCACUACUUGAUUCAAGCUUAUUGCUGUCAUGUAAGACUCUUCUUUUAGCCCACCAUAAUAAUGAUUAUCAUUCACUGAAAUGACUUCCAGCAGUAAUAUUUUUACUGCAUUUUAUCAACCAAUAUCAAUUUCAACUUCUACAGAAAAGAAAUAACAAAGAUACAUACAUAAUGUACAGUACACUUGAACAUACAUUAAUCUUUAUUGAAACAGUUCUA